GUGGUUGACGUUUAAAUAUCUUAUCCAACGGAAUCGAUUGAUCAACAAUUAAAUCUCUCGAAGAUGUUUUACCCAAUUGCAUGUUUAUUAAUUCACUUCAAAAUAUUUUCAAAGUCUUAUUUUGUUGUUUAUUUCACAAUUUUGUUUUGCGUUGUUUAGUAAUCUCCAUAGAUAUUGAAAGCUCGCAAAAGAAUUUAAUUGAUUGAAAAAGAAAAUUAAUUAUCUAAAUAAAUGGAAGAUCCGAACGAAAACGUUAACGUUAAGAAACGAUCCAAAAAUGUCCGAAAAUUUCAUAAAGUACCUUGGACUACGGCCCAAAUGACAAAACUUGUCAAUAGAAAUCUAUAUUUAGCUACAACCGCACAGGAGGUGUUUUUUUAUAUAAUAUUAAUUAUUUGUAUGAGUAUAGCUGCAUUAGGUAUAACAAAAUCAACGGAUUUUUUUAUGGCAGAAAAUCUUCGCAAACAACUGAUCGAUCAUACCACGAUACCUUAUCCAGAAGCGGAAAACACAAGCAACGUAAAAUUCAACGAAAUUUCAACCGUUGACGAAAUUUGGGAUUACCUCACCAAUCAUUUAUUAGUAAUUCUUUAUCCAGACGAAUUCCAACACACAAAUCAAUCAGAUAAAGGUAUCGGUACAGAAAAUAAAAUGGUAGGAAUUCCGAUCAUCCGACAAGUAAUGGUGGCACCGAUUAAAUGCCCGGAUCCUUUUCCAAAUAUCACCGAAGAGUGUUUACCGAGUUACACAACAAGUAAUUCGUACAAAAAGGAUAUAGAAGGUACCAAUUACACUUAUAAAAAAGCGUCCGAAACGAAAGCUGCAAAUUGGAAUGGAAGAAUAAGCAGUUAUGGAGGUGAUGGUUUCGAAAUUGAAUUACCAAGAACUUACGAAGAAGCGGAAGAAGUUUUGGAAAAUUUAAAAUUAGGGAAUUUUAUUCGAAACACAACCCGAGCCCUGUUUAUUACUUCAGCUUACUAUAAUCCGCACGUUAAUUUGUUUACACUGGUUUUGAUCGUUUUUGAAAUCCCACCAACUGGCGGAGUGGUUCCAACGAGCAAUUUUUUCACGUGGAGGAUGCCUCGGUACACGACAGCGACGGAUUUUUUCGUUUUAGCCUGCGAAAUUAUUUUUAUCUUAUUAAUUGUUUUCUAUACUAUCGAAGAAAUUCGGGAGAUUAUCUUUUUACGGAAAAGAUUUUUUUAUGAAUUUUGGAAUUACGUUGAUGUAUUGUUAAUAGCGGUAAAUUUUCUUUGUUUUUAAUAUUUAUAGGUUUUAUUUAUGUUAUAUUCUCACCUACACCUAUAAUUCUUUCAAAUCCCUCGAAUCACCUCGAAUAAAAGUUAAGUCGUUGCUUACUGCCUGGUCGUGGAAAUCAACCUCAACCGUUGAUUUAUUAUUUAUUUAUACAUGGAAGAUGUAGCGACAGAACAAGUCCUAUUAGGAGCUACCUCACAACUAUACUAUACAUAC